AAAACCAAAAAAUUGACGGGUAUGAAUUUAUGAUAUAUGAAUUUAUUUGCUUGCUUUUCCAUAUUUGAUUUUACUUUGUACUCCGUAGAAUUUAUGAAUUUAGAUUUUAUUUCAGAAAUAAUCCAACAGCUAUGAGUGCUAAACAUCUAUCCGGUAGUCAAAACGUAAAAAGAAAAACGAGAUGAAAUCUUAGAGAGUAUAGACUGCGAAGAUGUGAUCCACCAAUUUGCUCUCAAGAAUGCAAAGAGAACUUCUCAAAUCCUCGGCUAGGUUUUACGGCAUGUUAUUAUAAUACUAUGAUUUUGUCAUUUAUUUAUUUUCUUCUAAUAAUAUUGCAUUAAUUACCAUUUAAAUAAAAUUAGUUUACAUACGUUAAUUUGUUAGACUAUUAGAGAUAAGAUUUUUAAGGUCUUUUUUUUUUGUUUCGGCCCGGGCCAUUGAAUUCUCAGCACCGACCCUGCUCAAAAGCCUUGCAGAAUAGUAAACAUUAUUGAUUAAAAUUUUUUUAGCUUGUUUGUCUUGAAGUUUUAGAAUUGUUAACUUGGGUGGUGUCUCAAGAUGAUAGAACUCUCCCUUGAUGAGCUUGAAUUGGUGGAGUGUAUAUUACGGAGUACUUGAUAAUGUCGGGGAACUUGUGGUGAAGAUGAUUAGUUUCUAGUUAUUCAUCUUUUUUUCUUAUUGCCUUGGUUUAUUUUAGUUUUCACAUUUGAAGCAAUUCGAUUUGUAAGCAAGUCCUUAUGUUUUGGUUCUUAUGAAAACUUUGAAACAUGAACUUCAUUAAGUAAUUUGUAUUUGAUUUAACAAAGAGCUUUGCUGUGCCUGUGCUUCCUAGGUCAAAACUCGACCUUUUCCCUCCAAAUCUACGUUUCUGGUUCAGACAUGGCAACAACAAUGAAUGCCCAGUCGCAGUGGGACUUCACCUGUGACUUGGAGGUGAAUCUUGGAUCUCAAGAAAAUGCCCAAAUCAUCUACACGGCUCUCUCUGUUGAUAAGGAGUUGCAACCUGAUAAGGUGAAAAGGGUAAUGUCAGCUUCGGAUGGAAAGCUCCUAGUGCAUUUUGAGGCUAUUGAAGCUAGAUUCCUUCGCGCAUCCUUCAGUGCUUUUGUGGAUGUUCUUACUCUUGCAGCCAAGACAAUUGAAGAAUUUGGUCCAUUUAAGAAAUUAUGAUAGCAGUUACACUCUCAACAUUUUUGGACCUGACUAUUCUUGGUAGUUUUUAUCAUUGAUGAUGAUCUUGUAUGCUUUUGUAUCUUUUUCACAACACUUCUGAAGUUCAUGCUUCGAUUUUGUCUUGCAAUGAAUGGUGAAAGGUGAA